UUCUUUUUUAUCUUGCUAGGUCUCGCUGAAUCAAAGAAUCCAUGGAGAGGAACAGUUUGAGCAACAGCUUGAAAGACCAUAGUAUUGGGAGUAGAGCCAGCAGCAGCAGCAACAACAACAGCCAGAACAAUAAAAACAAGCUUAAAUAUUCAUGGAACUAUAACAACCAGAGCUGUGGAGAAGAUUAUCUUAGUGGAUUUUCAUGGCCUCCAAGAUCUUACACUUGUAGCUUCUGCAAAAGGGAAUUCAGAUCUGCUCAAGCUCUUGGUGGCCACAUGAAUGUUCAUAGGAGAGACAGAGCCAGGUUGAGACAGUCACCUGCAAGAGAUGGUCAGUGUCCUAUUCUCAACCUCAACGUUAACCUUAACCCUAACCCUAGCUUCUCUCCUCCAGUCACCAGCACAUUUCCUUCAUCGGCUCCUCCUCUUUCAGCUUUAUCGUCGCCAUCUUUUGCUUCGUCUAGCGAAACCAAGAAAUGGGCUAUCGAUGAUAGCCCAUUUCUUGACCCUUUAAGCCCAAAAAGCUCGGAUUUAACAAAAAUCGGAACCGGCAAAGCUUUGUUUGACGCCGAGGAAUUCGAUGGUUUCACAAGAGAAGAUGGGUGCAAGUUGUCGAAGAAAGCUGAGAUUAUAAGGUUAGAUUUGGAGAUUGGUCUUCUUAGUGAAUCCAAAGAGGAUUUGGACUUGGAACUUCGAUUGGGAUACUCUUAGAUGAAGUUUAAUUUUCAGGUUCAUUCGGCACCAGCUGAUACGUAUUCCUAUGAAGCCUCUUUUGGUGGUGUUGCACCAGUUCGUGAUCAUUAUAAGCUGCAUUUCUGUUUAGAAAUCAACUUAAUCUUCAAGACGGAUAUAUAUAUAUAUAAACCAGUAAGUGUUUUUUCAGAUUUUAGAACCAAAGUUAUUCAUGAUCGAAUGUCUCUGAAACCUCAGCAUUUAGACUACAUUUGGCAUGUAAUUUCUGUUAUCCAGUUCCUUUCCCCCAGUAUAAUAU